AUGGCUUUGGCCGGGCUCUGCUCGCUGCUGGCCGGCUGCUGCCUGGCCGCGGGCAGCGGCCCCGCCGAGGCGGCGGCGGAGGCGGCGGCCAAGGAGCUGGAGUGCAAGCUGAAGAGCAUCACCGUGUCGGCGCUGCCCUUCCUGCGGGAGAACGACCUCAGCAUCAUGCACGGCCCCUCGGCCGCAGAGCCCAAGCUGCUCUUCUCGGUCCGCAACGAUUUCCCCGGCGAGAUGGUGGUGGUGGAUGACCUGGAGAACACGGAGCUGCCCUACUUCGUGCUGGAGAUCUCAGGCAACACGGAUGACAUCCCUCUGGUGCGCUGGCGGCAGCAGUGGCUGGAGAAUGGCACCCUGCUCUUCCACAUCCACCACCAGGACGGGGCCCCCAACCUGCCCGGCUUCGAGCCCACCGAGGAGCCCCAGACCGAGUCGGCAGAGGAGGAGCUGAGGAUCCUCCACAUCUCUGUCAUGGGAGGGAUGAUCGCCCUGCUGCUGUCCAUCCUGUGCCUGGUGAUGAUCCUCUACACCCGCCGGCGCUGGUGCAAGCGUCGCCGCGUGCCGCAGCCCCAGAAGAGCGCCAGCGCCGAGGCCGCCAACGAGAUCCACUACAUCCCCUCGGUGCUGAUCGGGGGCCACGGGCGGGAGAGCCUGCGCAACGCCCAGCGUGUGCAGGGCCACAACUCCAGCGGCACCCUCAGCAUCCGCGAGACGCCCAUCCUGGAUGGCUACGAGUACGACAUCACCGACCUGCGGCACCACCUGCAGCGCGAGUGCAUGAACGGCGGCGAGGACUUCGCCAGCCAGGUCACCCGCACACUGGACUCGCUGCAGGGCUGCAAUGAGAAGGCCAGCAUGGACCUCACGCCAGGGAGCGACAACGCCAAGCUGUCCCUGAUGAACAAGUACAAGGACAACAUCAUUGCCACCAGCCCUGUGGACUCCAACCACCAGCAGGCCACGCUGCUGUCCCACACCUCCAGCAGCCAGCGCAAGCGCAUCAACAACAAAGCGCGAGCUGGCUCAGCGUUUCUCAACCCCGAGGGGGACUCGGGGACAGAGGCAGACACCGAUCCCCAGCUGACCUUCUACACGGACCCCUCGCGGAGCCGCAGGCGCAGCAGAGUGGGGUCCCCCCGAAGCCCUGUGAACAAGACCACGCUGACCCUCAUCAGUGUGACGAGCUGUGUCAUCAGCCUGGUGUGCUCUUCCCACAUGAACUGCCCCCUUGUUGUCAAGAUCACCCUCCAUGUCCCUGAGCACCUGAUCGCUGACGGAAGCCGGUUCAUCCUGCUGGAGGGGAGCCAGCUGGAUGCCAGUGACUGGCUGAACCCAGCACAGGUUGUCCUCUUCUCCCAGCAAAACUCCAGUGGGCCCUGGGCCCUGGACCUCUGUGCCCGGCGCCUCCUGGACCCCUGUGAGCACCAGUGUGACCCCGAGACAGGGGAAUGUCUCUGCUAUGAAGGUUACAUGAAGGACCCUGUGCACAAGCACCUCUGCAUCCGGAACGAGUGGGGAACGAACCAGGGGCCUUGGCCAUACACCAUCUUCCAGCGUGGCUUUGACUUGGUGCUGGGCGAGCAGCCUUCUGACAAGAUUUUUCGGUUCACCUACACCUUGGGGGAGGGCAUGUGGCUGCCCCUGAGCAAGAGCUUCGUCAUCCCACCAGCUGAGCUGGCCAUCAACCCCUCAGCCAAGUGCAAGACUGACAUGACGGUGAUGGAGGAUGCAGUGGAGGUCAGGGAAGAGCUGAUGACCUCGUCCUCCUUCGACAGCCUGGAGGUCCUGCUGGACUCCUUCGGCCCCGUUCGCGACUGCUCCCGGGACAACGGCGGCUGCAGCAAGAACUUCCGCUGCAUCUCGGACCGCAAGCUGGACUCCACGGGCUGUGUGUGCCCAACAGGACUGAGCCCCAUGAAGGAUGGCACGGGCUGCUACGACCGGCACGUGGGUGUGGACUGCUCCGACGGCUUCAACGGGGGCUGCGAGCAGCUGUGCCUGCAGCAGAUGGUCCCCCUGCCCGAGGACCCCCUGCUCUACAACAUCCUCAUGUUCUGUGGGUGCAUUGAGGACUACAAGCUGGGCGCAGAUGGGCGCUCUUGCCAGCUGAUCUCAGAGUCGUGCCCUGAGGCCGGGGACUGCGGCGAGCCCCGCGAGCUGCCCAUGAACCAGACGCUCUUCGGGGAGCUCUUCUACGGCUACAACAACCACUCCAAGGAGGUGGCACCAGGGCAGGUGCUCAAAGGGACCUUCAGGCAGAACAACUUUGCCCGGGGCCUGGAGCAGCAGCUGCCGGAUGGGCUGGUGGUGGCCACGGUGCCCUUGGAGAACCAGUGCCAAGAGGAGCUCUCUGACCCCACUCCCGACCCUGAGUUCCUCACUGGGAUGGUGAACUUCAGUGAGGUUUCUGGGUACCCCCUCCUGCAGCACUGGAAGGUGCAGUCUGUCAUGUACCACGUCCGGCUCAACCAGAUGACCAUCUCCCAGGCCUUCAGCAAUGCACUCCACUCUCUGGAUGGAGCCACCUCCCGUGGAGAUUUUGUGGCGCUGCUGGACCAGUUUGGCAACCACUACAUCCAAGAGGCAGUGUACGGCUUUGAGGAGUCCUGCUCCAUCUGGUAUCCCAACAGGCAGGUCCAGAGGCAGCUCUGGCUGGAGUAUGAGGACAUCAGCAAAGGCAACUCCCCCUCGGAUGAGUCAGAGGAGCGGGAGCGGGACCCCAAGGUGCUGACAUUCCCCGAGUACAUCGCAAGCCUCUCCGAGUCGGGCACCAAGCGCGUGGCAGCCGGCGUGCGGAUGGAGUGCCAGAGCCGCGGACGCUGCCCCUCCUCCUGCCCGCUCUGCCACGUCUCCUCCAGCUCCGAGGUGCCAGCCGAGCCCAUCCUGCUGGAGGUCACCAAAGCAGCCCCCCUCUACGAGCUGGUCACCAACAACCAGACCCAGCGGCUCCUGCAGGAGGCCACCAUGAGCUUGCUGUGGUGCUCGGGCAGCGGGGAUGUCAUCGAGGACUGGUGCCGCUGUGACUCGAGUGCCUUCGGGGCCGAUGGGCUGCCCACCUGUGCUCCUCUCCCACACCCAAUUCUGCGUCUCUCCACUGUACAUGAGCCCAGCAGCACGCUGGUGGUACUGGAGUGGGGCCACUCGGAGCCCCCCAUUGGGGUGCAGAUUGUGGACUACCUCCUCCGUCAAGAGAAAGUCACCGACAGAAUGGACCACUCCAAGGUGGAGACAGAGACAGUGCUGAGCUUUGUGGAUGACAUCAUCUCUGGUGCCAAGUCCCCCUGUGCCAUGCCAGCCCAAGUGCCUGACAGACUCUCCUCCACCAUCUCCCUCAUCAUCCGCUGCCUGGAGCCUGACACCACCUACAUGUUCACGCUCUGGGGAGUUGACAACACAGGAAGACGUUCCAGGUCAAGUGAUGUGACGGUCAAGACGCCCUGCCCUGUAGUAGAUGAUGUGAAAGCUCAAGAAAUAGCAGACAAGAUCUACAACCUCUUCAAUGGCUACACGAGUGGCAAGGAGCAGCAGACAGCCUACAACACCCUGCUGGACCUGGGCUCCCCCAGUCUCCACCGAGUCCUCUACCACUACAACCAGCACUACGAGAGCUUUGGGGAGUUCACCUGGCGCUGUGAGGAUGAGCUGGGGCCCAGGUAGGCUCGAGAGCUGAGCUGGCUAAGCAGGUAGGCCUGCCCCCACCAGCAGGCUUGUCCCUCAGGGAUAGUGGUCAUCAGGAAUGCAUCUCUUCAGCAAAUCUUGUGAUAUCGUGAUGGAUGAUAGAUCUCAGACUUUUGAUCCACAUCUGUGGUUGUGUGGGGGUGACACAAGUGUUUUUGGUGCCCAGGGAGUGCUGAGCUGCCACAGCAGGUUUUGGAGGAGGCUCAGACAGUGCUGAGCUCUUCCUGUCUAAAAUAGUCUCUUUGUGCCUGAGUAAGCACCAUUCUUCAGGCUUCUCCAGGUUGCUGAAGCCCCUCCAGCUGCCUGAGAAUGUCCCAGGCUUGUGGAGAUAGCCAGAUGUUUCCUUCUCCCCAUGUCCUUCAACAUCUGCUUUAGGUGUGGUUUCCCAGUAAUGUGGAUAUUUCUAGUCAGUUUAGCAGGCUGGGCUGAGAGAUUGCGUGUGCUGCAGUGGUGUUUCAUAGCAUCUGGCCUCCAAACAACCAGAGCUGUGACCUCAUCUGGAAAUCAGGGUUGCUUUCAAAUGUACAUCAACAAGAGCUCCUGUGUAUGCAAUUCAUGGCCUCUGCCUUACACUGUGCCCCACACCUUCCUCUUGCUGGUCUCACCACUGUCUGUCUUCCAGCCCUGCUUCUCCAGGUGAUCACUUGUGUACUUCUAGCUGAGGAUAGGAGAUUCUCCUUGUACAUUCUGUGUCCUCCAAACUUCUUCUAGGCAGUCAGAGAGACUCAGCAAGUAGCUUGUGCCUUGUGUGUAUCUAGCACUUAGUGCAUUGGACUUGUCUCCUGGCACAGCUUUGGUGGGAAACUCUGAGGCCAUCCACGCCCUGGAGUAGAGGUGGGGUCUCUUCUCUUUUCCCUUUUCCCAUUUAUGUACUGAGAAAUGUGAACUCUUUGAGGCAUAACCUCAAAGCUCAGUAGCAGCAUUGCAGCACAUGGGGUCUUUUUAGGGCAGAGGCUCCCAGCAGCUCCUCUGCCCAGGGUUGCCUCAUUCCCCCGACACCCAGUGGGAUCAGCAGGCUUGGACUUUAGUCUCACCUUUGUCUUGAUCCCAGCUGUGGUGAUGCUGCUGUCUCCAUUUCCAGAUGUGAAAUCCAGCCCCAGUUUGCACAGACCAUCUGACAUCUGUUGUGGUGAUUUGCAUGAGGAGCACAUAAAAUUCCUUACGUGACAGACUGGAGUCGUCACAGAGCCGCUGCCAUCACUGAGGCUGAGUGCUGCCACUGCUGCUCUCUGCCCCAGCGAGCACCAGCCAGAACACAGGGUGGAAGCUGCCUCCUCGAGCCCCACGAGGCAGAGGCAUUGCCACAGAGCAGCCAAAAAUGCCACUGAAUUACCCAAAUGAUACCAUUUUCUGUGUGAAUCUACGAGCCAGAGGGUUAAUUGCACCCUCUGGAAAUGCUGGAGUGAUCAGGGUAGGAUGACGCAAGUCGCUGAUGAAGUGUUUGCAGCUCGCGCUCCUUGGAAAGAGGCACUGAGGCAGCUGCAGCGGGCUCUGGUGAUGACAAAUCUUGGAAAGCAGACCUCCUGUUUGAUCGUCUGCGAGGGCGAAGCACCCAGACUGGUGGUGACAGGACAAAUCACUUGCAGAUGACAUUAUUUAGCCAGCAGACAGUGUUUGUUUGACUGUUGCUGAUGCUCCUUUGAAGUCGUGGAUGCGGACCCACGCGACUGACUCUACCAUGUCCCUCCUCCUCCACACAUCCAGGACACCUCCUACUCUGUUCAUUUGUGGCACACUCAGCUCCCUUCUUGGCAGUGCUGGCUGCUGGACUGAAGAAGCAUAACUUGUUGUGAGUGCACAGAUAACUUGUCUGAGGCUGCGAAAGCAAGCCGUUCCCUCACGGUCCAAGAAGGGCUGCAGAGAGUCCUGAUCUUUGCAUAAUGGAGAAAAAAGCAAGCUGUAAGUGGAAGUUGGAUUUGAAGCAAAACCUAGUGAAGUCUGGUGGUGCCUAUGGGCUUUGAGCCAAAAUCUGUGGGAUAAUGUCAGGCAUUCCUGUGAGGGUACGUGUAAUGCUGGAGGAGGACAGGCACUCGUGGCACCUUGCUUAGGUGUCAGGUGCAGAGACUGAGACACGUGAGAGCUUGGCCAUGGCCGGCCAGCUUGGGUGGCUGUCUCCAGAGCCAACACCAUGUUAACCACCUUUUCCUCUCUGGCAUGCCCUGGAUAGGAGCUCUGGAGUGGCACUUGUCCUGUGGCUGCAGAGCUGGACAACCUUUCAGUGGCUCCAGAUUGGGCCCUUGGAGCUGCAGUCACAUCCAAGGUUUUCUCUCCAGGAAAGCCAAGAUUGGCUCUGACUGGACUUGGGGUAAAUUAAUUCCUUGUCAAGCAGCUCCCCCAUGGUAUGCCUGGCCUGGAGGGAGGUGUGGAGAGGCAGCAGAUGUUCCUUCUUGGUUGGUACACAUAUCCUGGAGUUGUCACACCAGCCCACCCUGCUUAUCCUAAGUAAGAAUGUCCAGUAAGAAUGGGUUUUUUUUCCUUCAGAAUCAUGAUUUGUGACUGCUGCCUGUUCUGGGCUGAGCAGAUGCUGAGUUAAAGCUACUGAGGGGCUGUAUCUUCUUUUCCCUGACUAUUCUAACCUACCAACUGAUCUUGUAGCUGGGUAGGAAAUUUAUCCCAGCUCAUCAGACACUUAAACUUUGGUCUGGUCUUCCAGGCACAUGAGAUACCUUCAAAAUGCUUCAUUUUAAUCCAUUGCCUCCACAGUGGCCACAUUCCCUGGAGAUCACCCAAAGUGUAAGAAAAAUUUAAAAUGAACACAAUGUGUUUUAUCUGUACAAACUGAUUUUCUUGAUAAAAACAUUAGAAGUACAAUUUUAAGAAGGACAAAUUUGGAAAGAACACAGCUUAGAUCAUGUUUGGCCAUGAUCCUCUGUGCUCUUCCAAUAUCUCAGCCAAUACAAGAGGCUGGUGAUUUAGCACUUCCUCACUACCAGGACAAGCCUGCACUGAGGCUAUGAUGCCCUGGGUGUGCUGUAUGUCUGUUGCAGAAGAUGGAUUCAUCCUGGACCUCCUCUGCCUCUGUCACCUGACCUUCUCUCAAGGCUUCCUUGGCUGGGUUGUGGCUCUUUACAAGCUGCUGCUGCAGUGAUUUGCCUUUUCUCACCUUGUUCUCCACAAUGGGAAGGUGCAAAAUGCACAUGCAAAGAAACAGGGCGCUCUGCCACUUCCACUGCUCUCUCAGAGCUUUUUGGAUGGGUUUGAUGUAUGCCCCAGUGUAUUAUCCCUUCUGGUUUGCACAGUGUCCUGUAGGACACAUUUCCUAAGCUGUUACUAAAUAUUGUGAAUCAUGUAGCAAGAGUGUCAUUCACUGUACUUAUGUCUUGUGACAUUGCAGCCCGUGUGGAUCAUAAUUUUUAUCUCACCUUCAACCUUCCAUACAGACCCUCACAAGCCAGACAGGACAUUCUGGUUUGGAUUUUUUUUUCCUUAAAUCUCCCUCCUUCUCAAUGGUAUCCUGGCUUGCUGCUCACAAUACUGCAUGCUUUUCUGGCACUGGAGAGGUUGAGGAUGCCUCAUUCCUGGAAAUGUUCAAGGCUAGGUUGGGACUUGGAGCAAUCUGGUCAAGUGGAAGAUGUCCCUGCCAUGGGGUAGGGGAGUGGAACAAAAUGAUCUUUAAGGUCUCUUCCAACCACACCAUUCUGUGAUUCCUACACCAAGCCAUGGAUGACCAGCAUAGCUCCUGA